CAGCAAGGUCCCACAUCCUGGUACUUUUCAACGUUGUCAAGGAAGGCAUCGAUAGAAAGAAAGGCUGGCUCGAGGGAAGUAGCUGCAGUGUCCUGACAAUAUAUCUGUCCAAACGUUCACAAACUAUCCCGGAAAGUUAGGUGUAACUACCAGGACCAUCCGUUGUCUGUUAAUGUCAAGAUGUGGCUGGUGGCCACCAGAGAAGGGAGACGGACAUAACAAGACCUAUAGGAUGUUACUCAAUAGCAUACGACAAUGUAGGCUAAAGGCUGACAGCAUCCAUAUCAGGUGAACAUUGGACGAAGGAGAGUGGGAUGAGUGAAGAUUCUGCAGCCAGCACAGUUUGGUGAAGAGCACGAGAGGUGACCAAUCAGCAACUAGCAUGCCAACCACCAAGGGAACUGGAGGGGCUGGCAGCCCACGGGGUCAGCGCUACCGUCCAGCCUCAGAGUUCGACGAUGCCACACUCGCCCAAAAGAGAGAGUACUGGAAGACCAAGAAACGAGAGCAGAGGGCCAAGCUGUCAGAGGUCAAGAGGGAAAAAGAUACAAACAGAGUGUGUAACUCCUUGGGCAGAAAUGCAGUCCAUAAGACCCUAACCUCUAUGGUGUUGAAUCCCAGUGCCUCUUGUUCAAUGGCAGGGUCUGCCCCCACUUUGUUGAAUAGCGAUGGUUCCUACCAAACCAAUGUCAGUGGUGCACCUGUAGUUUUAUUAAAGGGAAAGGGUUCUGCUAUCUCCUCUCAUCUGAACCAUAGUGCUGAAGAAGAGGACCAAAACUCUUCCUCAGCAAACCAAAAGGAGAAAUGGUUCCAGAGGAUAAAACUUGACAAAGUCUUGCCUCCGUUCCCAACGUCCAGUGCAGGUCCAGGAGAAGGCGCGAUGGUCUGCAAGAUGGCGGUGAAAAGUUCCCCAACAGGGGGCACUGUGCUCGGAACGGUUACCUCAGCCAAACCCAACGGAGUGCUGCUCAACAGUGGCUCCUCCUUGCCUCUUGUAAGAGUGACUGUGAGACCCUCAGGUUCUGCACCUCGCCAACCACAGGGUGGAAUGACUGUUCUGAAUGGCAGCUCUCCUGUAGUGUCAACACAGAAGCAACUGGCCACCCAGAGUGUAUCGAGGCCUGAUGCGUUAACUGAGACGCAAGUUACAGUGCGUGUUCAGCCUGGACCGCUAACUGCUAACAUUACCUCAGGGUUGCCCAUCGUGACCAAUCAGCCUACCCCUGUCCUCAUUCCCAAACCAGAGGUUAGGCCUAUAGGGAUGAAAGUAACACAACUAGGUGGGACAAAGAGUGCCCUGGUCACAGCCCAAGAAGUUAGUUGUAUCAACGACACAUCAGCUACACUGGAGAUUGAGGAGGACAAAGCCACCAAGCGCAGAGAGAAUUGGCGCAUCAAGAAGCGAGAACAGAGAGCGAAGCAGGCGGUUAGGUUAACGAAGACUAGAGAGAGAAUCACGAACAUGGAGAUAACGUUGCAAAAAGCUGGAAUGUUACCCAACGUGGUCAUUGAACGUCCUCCGUCUGCUUUGAGUGGACAGGGCCAUAGGCAGUGUGUUAAUAGAGUCAGGGUCCCGUUCAUCUCAGCCGGACGCCUGCUGAAGAACGCCAGAGCAGUGGCUAGCGUUGUAGUCAAAAGGGAGUCUGAGGAUUCAGUCCUGGCUAAGCUAACUGCAGUCAACGCUAAUCAACAGACUGUUCAGGUAAAAGUAGAGAAUCCGCAGGACGCUGAACCAACAAUGCAGACUGGCAUGGCAUCGAAUGUCAUUGGUUUUAAACUAGAAGGGGAACCAAGCAGAAGGCUCCUUGGUCCAGGGCAGUUUAUCAACACUAGCCAAGGUAUGGUCCGUUGUAGGACUCCGAGACAGAGGUUCAUUGACGCCCAAAGGAAUUUCCUGGGUCAGAGAAACAUGAGAAAGUCCCCCUGUCAUGCUACAUCCUUCAAAACCUGCAACGCACUCCGAGAGGACCCAACGGAGACACCCGAGCAGAGGGUGGCCCGGAAGCGGGAAUACUGGCGUGUCAAGAAGCGGGAACAGCGAGCUAAGCUGUCAGUGGAAGUCCGCGCUAAGAUGAAGGAGAAGGAUGCUCUGAUGCGAAGAGUCAACCGGUACCAGAGCAUAUUGGAGGAUAUGAGGAAGGCGAGAGCGGCGGGCUGCAACACACUGCCACAACCAACAGGAAAUGGGCCUACCCACACCAGCGCCUCAGAGACCAUUGGAGGGUUCAUCAAGGAGGACGGUACAUUGACCAAUACCAUUCCCCAAAUGUAUCUCAUUACAGAAGCAAAAGAGACAGGGAAUGAAAUUGGUGUCAUCGGUGAAAUGCCUGUUAAUGAUUCAUUUACCAACCCUAGCAUACACCGCCAACACCAACUGCUUCCCAAACCCACUGGUGAUACAUCUAGUAAUGUGGUACAUCAAAUACGGGUCAACCCACCACCUCUAAUCCGUCUUGCUCAAGUUAAUGUCUCCUGUCCUCCCAUCGGCCUGUCAAUCAGAAAGCCUCCCAAGUUAGUUUCAGGCAGCCCCCCGAAAAACCUCCCUAAUCCACACACAGUCGUCCAGCCCCAGAGUCGUAUCACCCUCACACACCCUCAAAACAUUCAAAACACCUUUCCUGGUUUGCCUACAGCGAUACCGAAGCCGGCUAGCUGGGUCAUGCAGAUGGCUGUCAAAGCUUCUACAGCAUCAGCAGCGCUCAACUUGGACCCAAAGCUAACAGAGGAGGAAAAGAUGGCUAAGAAGAGAGAGUACUGGAGGGUAAAGAAACGAGAGCAGAGGGCGGCCCGCGCCACCCGCCUAAGGCAAGGAGUUCAAGCUAGGGGAAAGACUGCCUCACACAAGAGGCGGAACCAAAGGUUAGCACGAUUAGCUGUCGCCAUUCCCAAUGUCAACAACACACUGACUAUCAAGCCUCUCUCAAACACCAGUGUGUCCACGUCUCCACAGGGAGACCAAAUCAAACAAGAGAGAGGAUCAACCUCAACAGACGCUCCAUGUCCUCCACUGGAACAACCCCUCUGUGUUGAUAUCAAACCGUCCCGGUGUUCACCGCCACCACAGACCGAGCCACCAGACCCAGCCUUGAGUGCUGACAGCCAGGCCACCACUCUCUUGGUGGUGGCUUCUAUGAAGAAGCUGCUGGAGGAAUCGCUCAGCACUGUGGCUGACUGGAAAACAGAACAGCCAGACUGUAUUACAGAACAGCUGCCUUGUAAAAGUGAUCCUCAGACAUGUUCCUACAAGGAUGCUUCCGUCCAGAUGGAGGUCAAGCCAAAUCUACCUCUGCUCACCCUGGAAGAUGAGGAGAAGGUCUCCCUAUCUGGUGACCUAUCGUUGGAGGUCAAAGGAUGGCAGGUGGACGCUGACGCCCUGCCAUCCUGCCAGGUAACCAUUUGUCCAUUGAGUCCUCAUCCUAAGGACUCUCCCCUGUCAAGUCCUUGCACUGAAAGUCUGUCUUUCCCAGCUCCCCCUCCCUCUGAACCCCCCUCUCACACUCUUGGUCCCACACGGCACACGGCAGCUUCCAGCGGACCGCCCCUCCCUCGCAGAGCCCAGAGGCUGCGUGCCAAAAAAGCAGGACACCACCACUGCUGCUCCCCAGAACCCCCGAAGCUACACCAUCAACCUCAACAACAACAACAACAACCACCUCAUCAACAACAUGAAAAUCAACAUCAACAACAACCACCUUAUCAACAACCUCAAAAUCAACUACAACUUCAGCAACAUCAGCACGCCCAGGCGGUGACAGGCCAGAAUGUGACUCUGGAGAAGAAGAGGGAGUACUGGAGGAUGAUGAAGAGGCAGCAGAGAGCUAGGACGGUCAGGCAGGGAGGAGGGGGGCUGAGACGGGGGGACUACGGCAGACGACUGGCCCUCAAAGCAGCACAGGUUUCGAAUCUCCUCAUUGUGAAGACACACACACAGAGACCAGUGCAGAGAAGCGGAAGCUUCGGUCUACACACAGCACCAUUGCUCAAACUGCAGUCCUCCCCACUUCUCCAGCCUAUAUCUCCCCAGCCUAUAUCUCCCCAGCCUAUAUCUCCCCAGCCUAUAUCUCCCCAGCCUAUAUCUCCCCAGCCUAUAUCUCCCCAGCCUAUAUCUCCCCAGCCUAUUUCUCCCCAGCCUAUAUCUCCCCCUACUAUAUCUCCCCCUACUUCUGGACCCAAGGCUAGCCUCAGCAUGGUCACCAACAUCCCUACACUUCUGGUUGGAGACCCCACCACCUCCAACAUUGGACAGACAUAUGAUACAACACAGCUCAACCCUCCUGUUAACUGUACCAGUAUCUCCAAUUCACCCAUUGGUGACACAGGGUCCCCACAGACAUCUCAUAGCUUCAGUACCGUGUCCCCCCCUUUUGGAGGUGGUGUCACUGUCCCCCCAUUGAGUGAGGGGAAAAAAGACGGGCUGCUAUUGGUGGAGAACCAACAGGAAGCGGCCCCAGGAUCGAGCGCCGACUCGCCCCGCGUUCUAAAAUGGAGACUGCGAGUGCAGGAAACCCCAGACACCGAUACCUCACCCAUCGCUACUCUCACACCUCCUCCCAACCCUUUGACUAGCAUAAAACUCUUACCCAUUCAGUCUCCCAGUCAAACAUCCUCUUUCACCCCAACACAGACUCCUUUCAAAUAUCAAGGUGCUCAGAUUUCUCAAAGUGGGAAUGUACAAAAUGUACGAUUGCCGACAUUGCAGGGGCUCACCAAAAGCCCUAUCUACAUAAGCCCAAUGGGUCCGCCCAAGCCAGUGCCGGGGGAGUCGGAAGAGGAGACUCUGAGGAAGAAGAGGGAGUACUGGAGGGUGAGGAAGAAGGAGCAGAGAGCCAGGAAAGCAAUGAGAGAUGGGGAGAUGACAGAGAAGAGGCCCUCGGUCAACUGGCAGCCCAUCAUCCCUAACACUCAUCAUCCUCAACAGCUGCUUGAGGAGAUGGAGACACAGGAACAGGAUCCUGACCGGUGGUUCAACACCUCCGAGGUCUCUGAACUACUUCUGAGUACUUCCACAGAGACAGACAUGGGCUACUUUCCUGACUUUGGCCAAACUGAACCUUUAGAGGACGAAUCAGAGCUCCUUUUCCUACACGACGAUCUUAGCGACAACUAUGACGGCGCCAUCUCGGAUGUUGUAUGGAGGAAUCGCUACCUCAUGGACUACGACCCGCUGAACCAGCUGCUGGUGUGCAUGGUGUGCGGGGAGCUCCAGUACUCCCACAGCCUGGAGGGGGUGAGGGCCCACAUCGACGAGGCCCACCCAGAUACCCUGAGCCUGGAGUCCCCGGAGCACCUUCGCAUCCUAGAGGCCUGGGACGAGCAGGUGUCCAGGAGAGAACGCUUCUUCACCAGCCAGCUGCAGCAGCACAGUGGAACGAUGGGAGGGGACAGUGCCAACCUCCCAGCAGAAGUAAUGGUUGAUACAGAAGACUCGUCAUACCCGACGAACAGCAAAAGCUCCAGAACGAUUAAAAGACUCUGAGGGCUAAGGUGAGCAUUUGAGCCUUCAUAACUGUACAGACACCAUCCAUGUCUGUAUAUCAUAAUGUUGACCGUCGCUGUCUGUAUACCAAGGGGUGUAUUCUUGUCUGUCUGUAGGAACACGUUUUCACAACACAUUGUUUACGUCCUACCUACUUGUUCUAAUUUGCAGAAGCACAAAUAGCUAAAUUCCAGACAGCAUAAAACAAUAGAGGAAGUGAAAACAUUUCUGCUGUUUUCUUUUGUGUAUUAUCUUUUCCGGAGCAGUUCCCCUACAAAGGAUGAACUAAACUUGGAACUGUAUAUCUGUAUAGGGACAUGGAACGACAAGAGGCAAGCUUUACCUCAUGAACUUUGGGAUAGACCCACACAUCUACACACACCCACGAAUGUAUCUUCUUGCUGGGUUUCCCCCCCCCCCUUUUUUCCCCCAAUUUCGUCGUAUCCAAUUGGUAGUUACAAUCUUGUGCCAUCGCUGCAACUCCCGUUCGGACUCGGGAGAGGCGAAGGUCGAGAGCCGUGCGUCCCCCUGAAACACAACACAACCCAACCAAGCCACACUGCUUCUUUGACACAAUGCCCGCUUAACCCGGAAGCCAGUUACACCAAUGUGUCGGAGGAAACACCUGGCGACUGUGUCAGCGUGAACUGUGCCCGGCCCACCACAGGAGUAGCUAGUGCGCGAUGGGACAAGGACAUCCCUACCGGCCAAACCCUCCCCUAACCCGGACAACACUGGGCCAAUUGUGCGCUGCCCCAUGGGUCUCCCGGUUGCGGCAGGCCGCGACAGAGCCUGGACUCGAACCCAGAAUUUCUAGACCACUGCGCCACUCGGGAGGCCUUCUUGAUGUUUUUGAUAGCGCCAUUUUGUAGCGAUAAUCAUUCACUACUACUACUACUACACCAUGUCUCCUGUGCCCUAAACCAAAAUAAUAUAUCAAUGAGAGAUGUCACUGGGCUCUAUAAUGUCGUUGUGCUGUAUAACAUACUAAAGCACAGUCAGGGCUCUCCCUCAAUACACAGCACUGGGUUAACUUAACCUCCCUAUUAUGUGUCCAUUACAAACAGGUCAGUGAUGUUCUUCAAUCUGAAUGAAUGUGUCCUUACUCCUCAAUGUACCAGGAUCUAUAUGAUCCAGGUUUUUAAGGGUAAAUAGCAGACCUGUGAAUUUGACUUAGAGACCAUGCGUCUAUUGAAAUGGUCUACAGGUGAUCAAUUGUUCAAAGAUUGAUAUUCGUCUGUACAUACAGUACAUUUUAUAAUUUUACUUAAUGAUAUGUUUAUUUAAUAUUUCUCACAUACUAUCAUUUUUGUAUAAAGUUUUGUACUGUAUUAACAAUUUGUUAUUCAGGUCCAAGACCAUCAGUUUUAUUUCUUCCCUUUUCACAAGGGACAUCCUUGCAUGAGGUUAUUCUGAAUAUGUCCUGAAAAGUACUGGUAUAAUUAUUUUUCUUGCAGCAUACUGUAUCUACAAGACUGACUCUUCGAAAUAAUUAUUUGACACACAAAACCACAUUGUUUUCAUAAAUCGUUGUUCUGGAAUAUAUAAAAAUGUUCUUCCUUUUUAAUAAAUGUCAACCUUGUUUCUGUAAUGCUGAUUUGACAAAUGUAUUUCUGCACUGUAAAUACAACACACAAUCAUUAUGUUUAAAGGGGUGCUGAAAUGUCAAAACCCUUUUAAUGUAUUUGAUUGCCGAUCACGUUUUGUUUCUGAUCUGAUUCAUAUUUCCUUGCCUAUUUAUACUGUAUACAUUAUUUUUAAUGCCUUUUAUUUAGUCUGAACAAUCAGUCAGUGGCACAGAUAUAGAUUAUUACAUUUUUUAAAUUUAAUUGUAUCCCUGAUUUAACAAUCAAUUAUCAGCAUAUGUAUUUUUUAUCACUUUUUAAACAUACAAAAAAAUGUGUAAGAUCCAUUGGCCUGCUGCUUGGAUGUUUCUAUACUUCCUAUAUGGAACAGAAAAUGUGUGGAAUGGACUUCCAUUUGUGUUGUUUUUGGUUCACCAAUAUACUGACAAUUAACGUCCUAUAGAGCACGAAGCUUUGGAAGUCAGUCUUCUGUGGUCUUAACAGACUGAAAAAUGCAUUGAAAACAGAUUGUACUGUGAUGAACUUCUUCUUGUACAGCUGUAAGCAAACUGUAAAUGUACAGGGGACACUGACCACGCUGUAUGAUGACACCUGAUGAGAAUGUACCUCUUUGAAUUGGUUCCUACCUUGUCUGUUUUAAAAGGGAAUGUUCAAAUGCCUUUUCGGUACUAAUAAACCCUUUUUUCUAUCUUUUAAAA